CCAUGACCGAACGACAAACACAAACCACACCCCCGCGAGUCUCCUUUGGCGUAGAACUCGAAUUCUUCGUCGCCUUCGUUCGCGAGGGGGAGAGAGACCCUGACUAUGCCAUCAAGCACGAGCUGCAGCCUCUUGUCGUAGUUCCACCGGAUGAUGGGGUCGAGAAGUACGGCAUUCCGCAUACGGCGUACAAUUGGGACGAGGACUUUGUUUUCCACAGCAUUGGAGACGCCUUGGCUAAAGCUGGAUUGCCGGUAUAUGGCCAGGGACAAUGUGGUGUGCCCGGCUCCGUUCAGAGCAUGCAGAGCAAGAAGGCCAUCAACGCGUUCCAGCUCAAGACAGACAUCUCUCUCAAACCAGAUCACGUCGACGGGUACCGCUGGCAACGCGUCGAAAUGAUAUCACCAGCCAUGUACAACAUGAAUCUCUCUUUCGAUAUGAUUCGUUUAGCGGUAAGUGUCAUCACUACUAACUUCCGAUGCCGAGUGAACCCUAGUUGUGGGUUCCACGUUCAUGUAGGUGUAGGACCGACGCAAAGAAUCGACCCCAGGACAUUGCGGCAUUUUGCUGCCCUUCUAUGGGCCGCUGACCCUCUCCUCAGUCGACUUCAUCCUCCUUGGCGUGCUAUCCUCGCCUACAGCCAGUCUGCUCGAGUGAAUGAAGCUACACCUCUGGGACAAGGCAAAUGUCCCGCAGAUGCCAUUAUUGACACAGACGAUGCCCUACAGAAUUUGAAGAAGGCAAAGUUCCUGGGAAGAGACCGUUGGCUUGGCGACUCGGUGGAGGUGGACGCGAGCUCAGAGACGAUGAAUCGCGAGAUAAACUUGGAUCAAGAGGAUGACGAGGCUCUUCUCAAGGGCCACGAACCAUGGCAGCAUCGGCGGAUCAUUGCCGACGUCAGAGACCCAAAGACACCCGAAGUUCGCUCAACCUCGCCGUUUGGGUUUCCUCCACAUAUCUACGAGGCUCCUGUAUCGAUGCCGAAGAACUACCGCAGUUCUACACCCAACGGUGCAAAACCACCACGACCCCGGCCUCCCCCGAUCAGCAGACGCUACGCCCGUGUUCCGGGAACCAUGCGAAGAGACUUGCGUGGAGACCCCGGCUUCCUGGAAGGUUACAUCCUAGGCCAGGGAGGAGACAUCGAAUGUGUGGAAGCCAACCAGCCGGCUCGAUGGGACGUCAUGUCUGGUGUCAGGGAUCUCCUAGGUGCUGACAUGACGGUCGCACAGGUCGGGCAACUGAUGACGCCUGCUUUUCUUCCCAAGCAUAUCAACUACAAGUUCAAAGCGUAUGACUUUUACUCUGUGGAGCAUCUUGGCCCGCAGGACGAAAAUGCGACGCGAACGACAUUCCCUACGAAAGACCACACGAUUGAGUUCCGCGAGGCGGCAGGUUCCCUGGAUGUGGAGUGGAUUGCGACCUGGGCUCGCAUCUGCUGUCGACUACUCGAAUGGAGCCGUGACGCGGAGCCGACGGAGUUCAUGUGUGUGAUGAGGCUGCUGGCGUGGGCCCAGGAAGAGCAGGGAGCCCAAUACGACGUGGUUGAUUUGUUGAUCGAUUUGGGAUUGAUCACGGAAGCAAGAUUCUGCGAGGACAGGCUGCAGCAAGGGGAUGCUGCGUGGUGGGAGUGCGCAAAUCUUGGCUCUCUCGAAGGAUCCGAGGACACUUUCGGAGGCGGAAUGUGUUACCCAGUGCCUGAGUUUGACGACCACGAGAUGCCUGAUGUAGAGAAAGGGGAUGGGCAGCGAUACCUGGGAGUCGCAUUCGGGGGCUGGGAUGAUGCUUAUGGUGGUGAGUAUAGGGGAAGAGAGGGUUGGGACUCGUCAAGUGGCAGUGAUGCUGUCGAGCUCGAGGGCAAUUCGCCCGAGGCUGGUAAGGAAACCAAGACGAGCAAAACAGGGACAGCCAGGGCGACCACACCCGACACACCUGCAAAGAAGGGAGGCGAAGAUGUGCCUACGGCCGGUAAGACAAACGCAGCAGGCACAUCUGAGAAGAAGACAGGUGAUGAUGUGAAGGAGCAAGGUGAGUCGGCGGCGCGGGCGUCCCAUAGUUCGAGCACUGGCACACCUCGCCCAAUAAUUACGAUUGAGUGAGAGGGCGUGAGAGACUGAUUGCAAGGUAGGUGUCGUCGAUGUUUUGGAAACGUUGUCGGAGUAUGCUUGGGUUGACCAUGCCGAAUACCCUGACGAGAAGAAGAGGGCCGAGUCGGAGGACGGCUUUGAGAUGGUGGAACGUGAGGGAUGAGGCAUCACCCCUUCAAAGAUCUGAUUUUGGGAGUUUCUAGGUAGACAAAAUUUGGGUUCAUCAUGG